AUGUCCCCCAUACAAAUCCGCCCGGUCCAAGAUUCCGAUCUGCCCCAGAUUCGCGCCAUCAACGCCCACUACAUUCUCCACACGGCACUCACAUUCGCGGAGACUCCGCCUCCACACGAGACAUACCAUGCCAAGUUUACCGAACUGGCCGCACGUAAACUCCCGUACCUCGUUGCCGUGGGCGAGCACUCGGCCAAUGAUUACCCCCUCUCAGAUACCCGAGCCGACAUUCGACAAGUUGUACUGGCAUAUGCCUAUCUCUCGCCUUUCCGCGGCCAUCUGGCUGCAUAUGCACCGAGCGUGGAGUUGAGUUUAUUUUUGCAUCCAGCCAACCAUUCCCAAGGAAUUGGAUCAAGACUACUUGCGGAGAUGGUGGCGCUUUUGCGGGAAAGAAAGAUUCGCCAUGUCGCUAUCGCUGAUGAAGGCGUUUCUGAGUCCGGGGGUCUUGGCAAUGAUUCCUCUACGUCGCACACCCUGCCUCCGACGAUCACAGUGGAGAAUAUAAUUGCCGUUAUGGCGGUGGAUCCGGAAGGCAAGGAUCAAGGUGAAGCGCUGCGCAGGUGGUACAUCAAACGUGGAUUUGAGGAGCGUGGCCGACUCUCCAGGGUUGGAUUUAAACGGGGCCACUGGAUUGAUACGGUUUAUUUGCAGUGUUCCGCGCCAGACACAUCGAAUAUCUAA